GCCCACCUCACUGCCUCGCUGUGGCCGCCGCCGGCAAUUCCAGACUCUGCUAGGGUUAGCAGAGCAGCCGGUAACGUUGCUGGACCGGGACGCGCGCUCAACUGAGGAGGAACCCCAAAGGGGCAGCCUUCUUUAAGCAACAUCUCAAGUGUGGCCUAAUGUUCUGUGUAACUGAUUUUUAUUGUUAGGUAUAUUGACCGAAGUUUAACGAGAAGAACUGUGACCAGCUGGGAGGAUUGCUGCAAGGAAUGGAAUUAGCUCAUAGCUUACUGCUGAAUGAAGAAGCAUACAAUCAACUAGGUGAAGUUCAGAAGGCAGAGUUUAUUUUUGAGUGGUUGAGAUACUUGGAGAAGCUCUUGUUAGCAACCAGCAGGAAUGAUGUAAGGGAGACACAGAAGACUCUUGUUGAACAGCUCCUGUCUUUGUUGAACAGCUCCCCAGGGCCUCCUACCCGCAAACUGCUUGCUAAGAAUCUAGCCAUACUUUAUAGUAUUGGAGACACAUUCUCCGUUUACGAAGCAAUCGAUAAAUGUAAUGAUCUUAUUCGUAGCAAAGAUGAUUCUCCAAGUUAUCUUCCCACUAAGCUUGCUGCUGUGGUAUGUUUGGGUUCCUUGUACAAGAAGUUGGGUAGAAUACUGGGUAACACCUUUACUGAUACAGUGGGGAAUAUUCUUAAAGCUAUGAAGAGUGCAGAGUCUCAAGGCCGAUAUGAGAUUAUGCUAAGUCUGCAAAAUAUAUUGAGUGGACUAGGAGCUGCCGCUGCACCUUGUCACAGGGAUGUUUAUAAAGCUGCUAGAUCCUGCUUAACAGAUAGAUCCAUGGCUGUUCGUUGUGCUGCUGCAAAGUGUCUCCUUGAACUUCAGAAUGAAGCCAUCUUUAUGUGGAGUACAGACCUGGACAGUGUGGCCACACUGUGUUUUAAGUCCUUUGAAGGUUCCAAUUAUGAUGUGCGGAUUUCUGUUUCAAAGUUACUAGGCACAAUAUUAGCUAAAGCUAUAAUUUCUCAACAUCCAGGAACAGCAGCCUCACGUCAAAGCAUUCGCAGAGUAUCUUUGGAGGAAGUUCUGGAAUUACUAGGAACAGGGUUUCUACGUGGGAGUUCAGGAUUCCUUCGAGCCAGUGGAGAUAUGCUGAAAGGAACCAGUUCAGUCAGUAGGGAUGUUCGAGUUGGAGUUACUCAGGCUUAUGUGGUAUUUGUUUCAACACUAGGAGGAGCUUGGCUAGAGAAAAAUUUUGCUGCCUUUUUUUCUCAUAUCCUGAGCCUUGUGUCACAGUCACACCCUAAAGCCACCCAAACUCAGAUUGAUGCCGUCUGCUGUCGCCGUUGUGUUUCAUUUAUUCUUCGAACUACUAUAGGUGGUCUUCUUGGAGAAAAGGCUCAACUUGCUGCUGUAAAGGAUAUUUGCCAGGCCAUCUGGAAGCUAAAGAAAGUUAUGGAUGCCGUAAUGAGUGAUGGUAAUUUGGAAACCCGGCUUGGUUCCACAGAUGUAGCCGCUAGCCAACAUAUGCUGGUUUGUGCUUUACAAGAACUUGGAAAUCUCAUACACAAUCUUGGCACCACAGCGGCACCUUUGCUACAGGAUUCAAGUACAGGCCUCCUUGACAGUAUCUUGUCAGUUAUUCUUCAUCCUAGCAUUUCCGUUCGACUAGCAGCAGCUUGGUGUUUACACUGCAUUGCCGUGGCAUUACCCUCCUACCUAACACCACUCUUGGAUCGUUGCCUUGAACGGCUUACUGGACAUAAGUCUUCACCUGAAGCAGUGACUGGCUUCAGUUUUGCUGUGGCAGCUUUGUUGGGAGCAGUAAAACAUUGUCCUUUAGGAAUUCCUCAUGGAAAAGGCAAGAUUAUUAUGACAUUAGCAGAGGAUUUGCUGUGUUCUGCUGCUCAAAACAGUCGCCUUUCAGCUCAGCGCACACAAGCUGGAUGGUUGCUGAUUUCUGCUCUGAUGACAUUAGGUCCUGCAGUUGUUAGCCAUCACCUUGCUCGAGUUCUGCUGUUGUGGAAGUGUGUCUUUCCAGCAUCUCCUAAAGAUCUAGAAACAGAAAAGAGCCGAGGAGAUUCGUUUACAUGGCAGGUAACCCUGGAAGGACGAGCUGGUGCACUGUGUGCUAUCAAGAGCUUUGUUUCCCACUGUGGUGAUCUCCUUACUGAGGAAGUAAUUCAGCGUCUUCUUCCACCACUUCCUUGUGCUGUGGAUUUGCUAACUCAGCUUUCUUCAAUACUAAAAAUUUAUGGAAGUCCUUUGAAAACACCAUCAGUGGUUUAUAGACAAAGACUUUAUGAACUGUUGAUUUUAUUACCCCCUGAGACCUAUGAAGGAAACCUCUGUGCUAUCCUCAAAGAGCUAGCUGCUGACUUGACUGCCCCUGAUAUUCAGGUGGCAGCAUCUACAUUUUUACUUCCACCCCUCUGUCAUCAGGAUGAUCUUUUGAUGUUAAGUCCUUUGCUACAAGAGACUGACCAUAGAUUUAUUGAAGAACAGCUCCUGCUUGGUAAUGGUGUUGCUUGCGGAAGUCUUGAAUAUGACCCUUAUUCGAUUUAUGAGAAAGAUGUAGAGGGAGAUUCAGUGCCUAAGCCCUUACCUCCAGCACUAUCAGUUAUUAGUUCUGCAUCCAGGCUCUUUGGGGUUGUAUGCGCUCAUGUGGGAGAAACUCAAAGGCUUCUUAUAUUGGAACAGCUUUUGGACCGUAUAAAGCACACAAAAGGAGCUCGUCAGCAAGUGGUUCAGUUACAUGUUGUUUCUUCAGUUUCUAGUUUCUUGAAGUACGUGGCUGGCUCCAAGGGAUGUUUAAGUCCAGAAGAAAUGAAAAGAUUUGCCUUAACAUUAGUUACAGGAGCCCUAGAAUGCCCCAACCCCUUGCUGAGAUGUGCAGCUGCAGAGUCAUGGGCUAGAUUAGCCCAAGUGGUUGAUGAUGGAGCUUUUACUGCUGGAUUAGCUCAAGUUAGCUUUGACAAAUUGAAAUCAGCAAGGGAUGUGGUUACCAGAACAGGACACUCAUUGGCCUUGGGGUCCUUACAUAGAUAUUUAGGAGGGAUAAGUUCUUCUCAACACCUAAAUUCUUGUAUUGGAAUCCUUUAUACUUUGGCACAGGACAGCACUUCUCCUGAUGUGCAGACCUGGGCAUUACAUUCUCUAUCAUUGAUCAUUGAUUUUGCUGGCCCACUCUAUUAUGUGCAUGUGGAACCUACCCUUUCUCUUAUUAUAAUGUUGUUGUUAAAUGUGCCUCCUACUCAUGCUGAAGUUCACCAAAGCCUUGGUCGCUGUUUGAAUGCCCUUAUUACCACGUUAGGUCCAGAGCUACAAGGUAACAGUACUUCAAUUUCUACCUUAAGGACUUCCUGUCUACUGGGUUGUGCAGUAAUGCAAGAUAACCCAGACUGCCUUGUUCAAGCUCAGGCCAUCUCUUGCCUUCAGCAGCUUCAUAUGUUUGCUCCACGACAUGUCAACUUGUCUAGCCUGGUUAGCUGCCUCUGUGUGAAUCUUUGUAGCCCCUACUUGUUACUGAGAAGAGCAGUACUGGCUUGCUUACGUCAACUUGUACAAAGAGAAGCAGCUGAAGUUUCAGAACAUGCUGUUAUGUUUGCUAAGGAUAGCAGGGAAGAGUUGACUCCAGAUGCUAACAUCAGAGAAGUUGGCCUUGAGGGGGCAUUAUUGAUCUUACUAGACAAAGAGACAGAUGAGAGAUUAUGCCAUGAUAUCAAAGAGACUUUAAAUUAUAUGCUUACAUCUACAGCAGUGGAAAAACUCUCCCUGUGGUUAAAGCUUUGUAAAGAUGUACUUGCUGCAUCAGCUGAUUUUACAGCUGUAACUUGUGUGGAUACAAUGCAAGAAGAAGAAGGAGAUAAAGGGGAUGAUGCCUCAGUCCUGACCACCAGACAUGAUGAAAAAUCCCAUCCUUUUACCAAUCCCCGAUGGGCUACUAGAGUCUUUGCUGCUGAAUGUGUCUGUAGGAUAAUUAACCAAUGUGAGAAUGCUAACAGUGCACAUUUUGACAUUGCUUUAGCACAAGAAAUGAAAAAAAGAGAUUCAAGAAAUGACUUUUUGGUACUGCAUCUUGCUGACUUAAUUCGCAUGGCUUUUAUGGCUGCCACAGAUCACAGUGACCAGCUCCGUCUUUCUGGCCUUGAAAUGCUGUUAGUUGUUAUUCGGCGAUUUGCAACUGUUCCAGAACCAGAGUUUCCAGGUCAUGUGAUUCUGGAACAGUAUCAAGCCAAUGUAGGAGCAGCACUUAGACCAGCCUUCACUUCAGAGACGCCACCUGAUGUUACUGCCAAAGCAUGUCAGGUUUGCAGUGCCUGGAUAGCAAGUGGAGUUGUAAGUGACCUUAAUGAUCUCCGAAGAGUUCAUCAGUUGCUUGUUUCAUCGUUAACUAAAAUACAGGCUGGAAAAGAAGCUCUAAGUCACUUAUAUAAUGAAAGUGCUUCUACCAUGGAGAUCUUAGCUGUGCUUAAAGCCUGGGCAGAGGUCUACAUAAUUGCUGUGCAAAGACAUAAAAACCACAGACAACCUUUGAAGACUACCACCUGUUUAGAAGACAGUAUCAGAAAUGGAUCAUGUUCAUCAGAUGGACUGCUUGACUUAGUCUAUGCAGAUCUUGGCACGCUAAGCAGACUCUGGCUUGCUGCACUUCAGGAUUUUGCUCUUUUAACUUUGCCUUCAGAAUUUGCCUCCCAACUUCCUGCUGAAGGCGGUGCUUUCUACACAGCAGAGACUAGUGAAAAUGCAAAAUUGCAUUAUUACAACUCCUGGGCACUUAUCCUCCAUGCUACAGCAUUGUGGCUUACAAGCACGGGCUUUGUUGUUGCUGACCCAGAUGAAGGAGCAUCUAAUCUCUCCAGGCCUGUAACACCAACUUCCAUGUGUCAGGGUUCAUCAUCUGGGGCUACCAUAAAGUCCCCUGAGGAUGUCUACACUGAUAGAUUCCAUCUUAUUUUAGGAAUCAGCGUGGAAUUUCUAUGUUCCUUACGUUCAGAUGCAACCAUGGAAAGCAUAACUGCUUGUUUACAUGCAUUGCAAGCACUUCUAGAUGUACCUUGGCCCAGAUCAAAAAUUGGCAGUGAUCAGGACUUGGGUAUAGAAUUGCUGAAUGUUCUACAUCGAGUAAUUUUAACCAGAGAAUCACCUUCCAUUCAGUUGGCUUCACUUGAAGUGGUAAGGCAGAUUAUCUGUGCUGCUCAAGAACAUGUGAAGGAAAAAAGACGAAGUGCAGAAGUUGAUGAUGGGGCUGCUGAAAAGGAAACUCUGCCAGAGUUUGGAGAGGGAAAGGACACCGGAGGACUUGUGCCUGGGAAGUCUUUGGUCUUUGCAACACUGGAAUUGUGUGUAUGCAUUCUAGUUAGACAGCUCCCAGAAUUAAACCCUAAAUUGACAGGUAGCCCAGGAGUAAAAGCUAGGAAGCCACAGAUGCUAUCAGAAGAUGGAAGUAGAUUGGUUUCAGCUGCAUUGGUUAUCCUUUCCGAACUUCCUGCAGUGUGCUCUCCUGAAGAGAUGGGGUCUUGCUGUGUUGCCCAGGCUGGUCCUGAACUCCUGGCCUCAAGUGAUCUUCUCUCCUUGAUAUCCGAAAGUGCUGGGACUACAGGAAGCAUCUCAAUUCUCCCUACUAUAUUGUACCUCACAAUUGGGGUCCUCAGAGAGACUGCUGUGAAGUUACCUGGGGGCCAGUUAUCUUCGACAGUUGCAGCUUCCCUACAGGCUCUAAAAGGAAUAUUAUCUUCUCCCAUGGCCCGGGCAGAAAAGAGCCAUACUGCUUGGACUGACCUUCUCCGAAGUGCCUUAACAACAAUUCUUGACUGUUGGGAUCCAGUUGAUGAAACACACCAAGAACUUGAUGAAGUCAGUCUGCUUACUGCUAUCACAGUGUUUAUUUUGUCUACCAGUCCAGAAGUAACUACCAUCCCAUGCCUUCAGAAGCGCUGUAUUGAUAAAUUUAAAGCUACUCUUGAGAUAAAAGAUCCUGUGGUACAAAUUAAGACCUACCAGCUCCUACAUUCCAUCUUUCAGUAUCCAAAUCCAGCUGUUUCCUACCCAUACAUUUACUCUUUAGCAUCCUGUAUCAUGGAAAAACUACAGGAAAUAGACAAGAGAAAACCUGAAAACACUGCUGAGCUUCAGAUCUUCCAAGAAGGCAUCAAGGUCUUAGAAACACUGGUUACUGUUGCUGAAGAACACCAUCGCUCUCCGCUGGUGGCCUGUCUUUUGCCCAUCCUCAUUUCCUUCCUUUUGGAUGAAAAUGCUCUGGGAUCAGCAACUUCCAUAAUGAGAAAUUUACAUGACUUUGCUCUACAAAAUCUCAUGCAGAUUGGACCUCAGUAUUCAUCUGUUUUUAAAAGUUUAGUGGCUUCUUCUCCAGCCCUAAAAGCCCGCCUUGAGGCCGCUAUAAAGGGCAAUCAGGAGAGUGUCAAAGUCAAGAUACCAACAUCUAAAUAUACUAAGAGUCCUGGAAAAAACUCAAGUAUCCAGUUAAAGACCAGUUUCCUCUGAUGUUAUUUUUUUUGGAAUAGUAAGCACCUUAAUAUAAUACUUGAUCAUUUCCUUUGGUGACAAAAGGGACAUUUUAGACACAAGUGCCCUUGGAGGUCUAGUUGAUUGUUUUACCUUAAAUAGCUGUGACUCUUCAAAGUAACAGCAUACUUAACAUUUUUUUGUGUGUGCGUGGGGUUUGUGUUUUGUUUUUUUUUCUAUUUAAAAAGACAACGGAGCUAACUUACCAGGAAUUUUAAGAAAGUGCUAAAGAACUAAACUUACUAAACAAUCCACUGCUUUAAAAAUGAAAUGAAUUUCUUCUAACCGUCCAUACACAUGCGGUAUACUUAAUACUGUGACAGAUAUAAAUAUGAUUCUAGUGUAAAUUAUCUGCACUAAUAUUGUAUCCCAAUUGCUGAUUUAAAAUUCUGCUUUGGCCAGGCACAGUGGCUCACCCCUGUAAUUCCAGCACUUUGGAAGGCCAAGGUGGGUGGAUCACGAGAUCAGGAGUUUGAGACCAGCCUGACCAACAUGGUAAAACCCUGUCUCUACUAAAAAUACAAAAAUUAGCCGGGUGUAGUGGCGCACACCCAUAACCCCAGCUACUCAGGAGGCUGAGGUGGGAAAAUCGCUUGAACCUGGCAGGCAGAGGUUGCAGUGAGCCAAGAUUGUGCCACUGCACUCCAGCCUGGGCAACAGAGUGAGACUCCAUCUAAAAAAACAAAAAAAAAAAAUACUGCCUUAUUCAGUAAUUGUAUUAAACUUUCUCUGAUUUCUUCAAGAAGAUAAAAUGAUUGGAGAGCUAUUUAGGAAACCUGGUAUAGGAUUAUCCAGUAUACAAUAGUACAGAUUACUUACAGCCUUACAGUGUGACAUAAGAUUUGGUAUCUAUAUCAUGGUUUUCCACCAUCUUUUGGUUUAGUUUAUAUUGGGUUCAGAAAAUGGAAGUUUUACUCAUUUUAAAUAGAAUAAGGCAUCUCCACUGUUUUUCAAAUGGAUUUUUCUGUUUACCUCUGUUCUUACCAAUUUUGUUCAUUUUCAUUUGUGGCAAACAUUUGUAUCAAUGAGUUUUAACAUAGGUUCAUAUCUACAUUGUAUUUAGAUCAACUAUGGGUUUAUAUAAAUGCCAAAUUUAGUACAACAAAUUUAGGUCAUCAGGUGAAUACAAGUAUUUUUUUUAACAUGAAACAUAUUUUAUUAUAGAAAAAAGAUUAAUGAUAAAGUCAUAUUGGUUGAGAAAUAUUUUUUAACUGUGUUCAUGAUUGUUGAUUCUCCUUCUACUUCAGUGUUAUACUGUGUGAAUCAAGCACUAUGUCCAAACAGAGCAUUUCCCUGUUAAAAAUCACAAACCGAAGUGAUAGAGGCAUGUCAGAAUUGAGAAGACAUUUUGAAGCAAGAGCAAUGUGAUGUACCUAUUUUAUUAUGUUUGUAUAUAAAUACUAUUAUAAAUUGUUCAGUGAAACAUUUGACAAACUCUAACACUACAAUCAUUUUUUCUAAAUUACAUAAAUAAAGCUAAUUUUCAUUA